AUGAAGCAUAAACUCAUAUUGGAAGAUACAGAACAACAUGAAUUUUCAUCAAUUAUUGAUCAUAAUGACAUUUUUCAUGCAGAGAACAGCCAAAAACUAUUCCAUGCUGAUAUCCAAUCAAGUGAUGCGAUUAAUAAAAUUUCUUCAUUCUUCUUAAAUCCAUCUUCAUCGCUUAGUAUUGUAAAGGAUGAUGGAUGUGAAUUGCUUCCAGGUUCAUAUCUUGAAGCGAAUACUCUUUUUGGGAUGGAUAUCAAUCGAGUUUCACAUAUACAAGAAAUAGAAUCAAAAAUUGAUGAAUGUAAUCAUCAUAUUGAAAGUAUUAUACUCAAAAAUAAUGAAAAUUUCAAUAGCACUCCUCAUUAUAAAAUUAAUGAUUUCAAAUUAAUCGAUACCCAAGGAAAUACAAUCAUUAAAUCACUUAAAAAUAAAAAGAAAAAGGUUGAUAUCCCAUUUAAAAUCGAUAUUGAAACUACAGAAGACAAAGAUGAUAUUAUUAUUUUAAGUAUUCAGAAAGAAUCAAGCCACUUAAUUAUAGAAUGUGAUAUACCAAUUGAAAUACGCUCCAUUUCAACAGAUGUUAAAAGCAUAAGAUUAAUUUCACCAUCGAUAUAUCUUAAUACCGAUAUAAAUAUUGACUCAUUUGAAAUAAUUUCGGAUGUAUUUGAAUCAGAUGGAAGUGUAUCUGCGAAAUCUUUCCUUUUACGAUCCAAAGAAGCAAUUUUAAACAAAGAUAAUACUGGCAACUGUUUUAUCUUUGUAGGAGAAGAACUAGAGUUCAAAUCAAGUUCUUAUUACUAUGAUGGGAUGUUUAUUUCAUCAACUUCAAAAGUAAUUUUCGAAGAAGUCAAUAAUGGACCUGUAUUUAUCCAUUCACCAACCAUUAUACUCAAAAAUUCGUUUGUUUCAAGUUAUUUAUUUGUAAAGUGUCAAACAAUUGAAAUUAGAAAAAAUUCAAAAAUUAAUUGUCCUGAAAUUGCAAUUGAAUCAUCAAAGAUAAUCAACAAAGGUUCAAUAAUAUCGGAAAAGAAGAUAGACUUGCUUUUAUUAUAUAUAAAGAAGAAUGAAGUUCCUUUUAUCAAUGAAGGAACAAUUAAAGCAUUUGAUUUGUUUUGUGAAUCGAAUAAUGUUGAUAUUUCUAACUCUGAUUACAAAGCGACAAUGAGCAAUAAGUCAGCACUUACUGUUACUAACUCAUUCCUAUUAAGUAAUGGUAAUUUCAAUAGCGAGAAUGCUGCAAUUAGAUCUUUAUAUAUUUCAUCAUUUUCCAACUUUAAAUCUUCAGGAAAUUUAAGUAUAGGAGAUUUAUUAGUUGUUGAAAAGAAUUCAUCAUUUAAUAAUACUGGCAAAACAAUGCCUUAUUCGACCUUGAAGCCAAUUGUAUUGGUAAGUGGGAACUUCCAAUGCAAACAAGAAAUGGAAGUCAAGAAAUUUGUUUGUUCAGGUAUAAUUUCUGGAUCAUUAUAUCUGAAAAGCAAUGAUAUUGUUUCUUUGUCAGGAAAAGGUGAUUUAAAGGAAAUUGAUAUUAAAUCUAACCAAAUAUCAUUCACAGGAAAAGCUUGCUUUACUGCGUCAUCCGCUAAUUUGUAUGCAAAGGAUAUUAUGAUUGCAGAAAAAGCACUUUUGCCUGCAAAUGAUAAAUCAACGAUAUCUAUUCAUUGUAAAGAAGAAAUUGCAUAUAACUUUGAUCAAUGGCAUGACUCUUCUUUCGAAAAGUUAGAAUUUGAAGAAGAAACCCCACAACCUCCAAAGAAAAUAAAGAAGUCUCUGAAAGAUGUUCAUACACCAAUUCAAAAGAAAUAG